AUGAAGUUUUUGGGUAGAUAUAGGCUGAUAGUACCGGCUGCUGUGGCAAAGCCCUCGCCAUCUAUCGGUCAAGCUCUUGGUCCUCUGGGUAUAAACAUGAGCGAUUUCUGCAAGAAAUUCAAUGAAAGGACACAGUUGAUUCGCCCGAACAUUCCAAUUCAAGUCAAAAUCUGCACACUAUCUAAUUCAACAUACAAAUUCUCUUUAAGGACUCCGGGAUCACAAUGGUUUUUACGGCGAAUCGCAAGAGUUCCGAUGGGAGCAUCAAAACCAAAACACGAAAUCGUGGGUAAUGUUACACUUAAAGAGGUAUACCAUAUCGCAAAAUGCAAGUGCAUGGACCCUCCGCUUAUAGGAAUACCGCUCUAUGUGAUAUGUAAACGUAUCAUUGGAACUGCGAACGCCAUGGGUAUUGCGGUGACACGCGAGCUACUGCCGGAGUUCCGCAAACGUGAUUACACGAAGGUCUCACAUCUAGAUCAGAUGAAAAAAGAUAUUAGGAUGCAGAGGAAAUCCCAGAAACUUGCGGAGCACGAUACCGUGAUUCUCAUGAUACACAACAAGGGCGGCUUUACGGCAAAAAUUGAACGCGGAAAGACUAUAAAGAUAUGCAAAGAUACUCUGCAGCUGGAUAUGCUCAUAGGAUGCUCCUAUGGCGACGUUUUCAUCAAAGAACGAACUGAAUGGAUCAAAAUUCGUCGAGAUGACUCCCAGUAUUCGCAGUAUCGUAGCCGUAUAAAGGAGAAUUACACUGACGACAAUGAUAACACGACUUUGGACAACCGUGAUAUUUACGAUGAUAACACAGCUCAGAAGUUGACCUAUGGCGAUAUACAGAAACUGAAGAAAGAUAAAAAUGCUCAAGAAGUUAUCGAGACCAUAGUCGAUCAUUCUGAGACAUUUGCAAAAAAAAGCAAAAUGGCACAAGAAAAGUAUAUCAUGAGAAAGGAAAAACGACAUAUAAAACUAUUUUAUGUUAGACCGUGUGACGUAUAUAACGCUUGCGAAUGUUACUUCAACUCCUUUCCUCAUAAAAUCGGGUAUCUAAAUUCUGCCAACCUUGGAAUGAUGCUCUAUCUGGCAGAUAUAAGGUACGGGUACAAGGUCAUGGUUUUCGAUCACUCACUCGGGCUUAUCACUGGAGCGGUAUCGCAGAGACUCUCAGGUUCCGGUAAAAUAUACCGUUUAGUUGCUAAGGGGGUCAGUGACAAGAUCGUACACGAACUGGGCAUCCGUUAUUUAGACAACAUAAUCUCUAUUGAUUUGAAUCGGUACAUCUCAGAAGGAGGUGAAUCUUCAUUGUCUUUACAAAAUGAUGCAACUGCAACUCGAAAUUCUCCUGGAAACGACGAAAAUGCACCUGAUGACCUUCAACCAGAAAUUUAUAACGAAUCAUCGCAUUGCAGUGAUAGUGAAAAUCAACAAUCUUGCCUAUCAGAAACGGACCACGAAAGCCUUGUCGGUAAAAGGAUCAAUAAUGAAGGAUAUGAGGGUAACCACACAGCGGAUGAAAAAGAACCAAAACGGCAAAAAUGUAGCAACAUGCCGGGGGUAUAUCCCUUAUACACCCCUUCAAGGGACGAUAUAAAAGGAUGCCAGGUCAUUAUUGGCAAUAUUUCUUUUAACAAAUGCGACAAGGUGAACUCCGUAGUUUCCGAGUAUACCCGUCGUAUGAAACUAGCGGCAGAUUUGUAUCUUGAUUGGGGAGGACGACUGGUUCUAUUCGGUCAACAGUAUCAGCCCAUGGCGGAGCUGCAAGCGAUGCUUACCCUGAGUGAUGAAUAUGUUAACGUCAAAUUUGACGAGGUCUUCAUGCGUGAAUAUCAGAUGCUUCAUAUGCGUACGCAUCCGAUUAUGGCGGCCGACUUCCGCCCUUGUUGCGGUUUUGUCAUUUCGGCUACCAAGUGCUCUAAGAACAUAAUAAACUGA